AUGUCUGAAAGAAACUCAUCACGUUUGUCAGCGUACAAAAAUGCUGGCCAAGGGACAAAUGAUCUCCGCCGUAAGAGAGCAGAGCUCAGUGUGGCUCUGCGCAAGCAGGCUAGAGAUGAACAGCUUCUCAAGAGAAGGGCGCUAUCUCCUGAGGCAGGCGAUGAAGUCCAUGAAGAGGAAGUCAAGGUGCUUACCACUUCUGAGAUUGUUCAAGGUCUUCGCUCCAACGACCUGGCAACUAUGACGGCAGCAGCGCGGGCAGCUCGUCGCACGCUCUCUAAGGAACAGAAUCCUCCCAUCUCCACCAUGGUGGCUGCUGGAGUCAUCGGACCAUUGAUAAAUGCUCUGGAGCGAGAUGACUGCACAGACCUGCAGUUUGAAGCAGCGUGGGCGCUCACUAACAUCGCGUCUGGUACCCACGAACAUACCAUGGCUGUUGUCGAUGGUGGUGCAAUCCCAAAGCUAGUUGCCUUACUAGCUCGCGGCGGAUCAGUAGGCGAGCAAAGUGCUUGGGCACUCGGCAACAUUGCAGGCGACGGGCCUCAAACCCGGGACUCCGUGCUGGCUCAUGGAGCGCUGGCUGUGUUGUUACCGCUCAUGACUUGUACUACUCCGGCCAGUCAGCUCCGCACUGCUGUUUGGACUUAUAGUAAUUUCUGCAGGAACAAGAACCCGCUAGUAAAGUUUGAGUAUGUGUCUCCCGCUCUGCCGUACAUCGCUGAUCUCCUGGAGAUCCCUGACCAAGAUGUUUUGGCGGACGCAUGCUGGGCACUCUCCUAUCUAACCGAUGGUCCUAACGAGCGCAUAGAGUCAGUGCAAAUGACACCGAACCUGCUACCCCGAGUAAUAAGAUUGCUGAACCAUAACUCGGCUGCCGUCAGGACGCCGGCUUUGAGAGCUAUUGGGAACAUGCUUACAGGGUCUGAUGAACAGACAGACCGCUGCCUAGACGCAGGCUGCCUACCCCACAUUAUAACCCUACUCCGCUGCAACAAACCGUCCCUCAUGAAGGAGGCGGCCUGGGCUGUCAGCAAUAUACUAGCGGGCACUCAACCCCAGAUAGAGAGGGCUAUUGGGGCGGGAGUGCUGGAACAUCUACUCCAUGUGCUUUCUAUUGAUGAUAUUAAAUGCCGUAAGGAAGCAGCGUGGGCGAUAACGAACCUCUGCCUGGGUGGUACUCCGGAACAACUGGACGCACUGCUGUCAGUCGGGUUCCUGGAACCUUACUGCGCACUGCUCAACGCUCCUGAUCAUAGAGCUAUAUCCGUUGUGCUGGACGGACUUACUAAUUUAUUGCAGGCGGCAGUGAAAUAUGGACAGAUUGAAGCUCUGUGCUUGAAGUUAGAAGAGAACGGUACAUUGGAUCAGAUCGAGAAUCUACAGCAACAUGAGAAUGAACAGAUAUACAAAAAAGUUCUGCACAUCUAGACACAUACUUUGCUGAGCAAGAUGAUCCUAACGCACAGCCAACUCAGACCGAAGAAGAAUAUCAGUUCGGAACUACAGGGGGACAGAAUAUCAACUUCUAA